CAGAGGGAUUAAGAAGGGGAGAGAGCUGGAGAUACAGCAGGUGAAAGUAAGGGAGAGGAUUACUGGAUCGGCGAGGAGCACGAUAUGUAAAGAUCGCGAGUUGAUUUUUGAAAGAAAUGGUUUAAACCCUAGCGUGAAUUAAUGAGAUUUACUGUUGUAGUCACGAUUGAGUAGCAUAUGAAUGAUUUCAUGCAAGAAAACGAACAUUUGCAGAUUAUAAGGAAAUUCCUCAGGCUGUGCCCUAAAUCCAAAAUUUUGAAAAUAAACUUCUACAAAAGGUUAUAGCUUUUUGCUCAUUUUAGAUGGAGAGUACUCACACAAGGAAGAGACUUCGUCUUGCAUGGGAUGUGGCACCAACCAAUCGAGAGGUGUUUCUUGUGCCCCAUGAUAUUAGGGCGGAUAGGUUUGACACAACGGUUUCAACAGCUCGUAGGGCUUCACCGCCAUGGAGGGAAGAUGAUCAAGAGGGGCAUUAUGUUUUUGAUCUUGGAGAGAACCUCACCCCUCGAUAUAAAAUUCUUAGCAAGAUUGGGGAAGGUACAUUUGGCCGUGUUUUGGAGUGUUGGGAUAGGGAACUACGUGAGUAUGUAGCUAUCAAGGUGGUUCGGAGCUUGCGAAAAUAUCGCCAUGCUGCAAUGAUCGAAAUUGAUGUUCUUAAUAGCCUGUCUAAGAAUGAUCGUGAAGGAUCCCGUUGCGUCCAGAUUCAAAGGUGGUUUGACUAUCGGAACCACAUAUGCAUUGUGUGUGAGAAGCUUGGGCCAAGCUUAUAUGAUUUCUUAAGGAAAAAUAAAUACUGCCCAUUUCCUGUGGAACUCGUUCGAGAGUUCGGACGCCAGCUUUUGGAAGCUGUUGCAUAUAUGCAUGAUUUACAACUUAUUCACACUGAUCUGAAGCCAGAAAACAUUCUUCUUGUGUCUUCUGAAUAUAUAAAAGUUCCAACCUGCAAGAGAUAUUCACAAGAUGAGAUCCAAUUCAGGUACUUGCCGAAGUCAAGUGCCAUAAAGCUGAUUGAUUUUGGUAGUACUGCAUUUGAGAAUCACGAUCAUAACUCGAUUGUUUCGACGAGGCAUUACAGGGCGCCUGAGAUUAUUUUAGGUUUGGGAUGGCAUUAUCCUUGUGAUAUUUGGAGCAUUGGUUGUAUACUCGUUGAGCUUUGUACGGGUGAAGCAUUGUUUCAAACUCAUGAGAAUUUAGAGCACCUUGCGAUGAUGGAAAGAGUUUUGGGACCAAUGCCGGAGCAUAUGGUUAGAGGAUCCAAUAGUUCUGCAUCGAAAUAUUUCAAACGUGGGGCCCAUUUGAACUGGCCGGAAGGAGCCGUGUCGAGGGAGAGCAUCAGGGCUGUUAGAAAACUCGACAAACUUGAGGAUUUAAUUUCUCGACACCUGGAAUACUCCAGAUCAUCAAUAACGGAUCUAUUAUACGGGCUGCUCAGAUUCGAACCAGCCGAGCGUCUAACUGCUCGAGAAGCCCUGCAGCAUCCCUUCUUCAACGAUCAAACGUGAUUAGCUCACUCCUCCUGAAUUCAGCAGCAGCUUAUAACUUGGCGCAUUGUGUGUCACAUUGCAUAUAUUGCCUUUUUGCGUCAAAGCCCUUAUGGUUCCAGGUAUUUAUGCAGGCUUUCAUAUUUUCUUUUCAUACUUAUCUGGAAUUGUAAUGUUAUUUACAAUUUAGUCUGGAAAAUUAGGGUUUUGAAUCAGAAAAUUGGGUGGUUGAAUAAACCAAAA